AUGGAUGACAACAAGAUGAUGGUGAAGGUUCCGGUUGCUUUAAAAGGUGGUGGGAACUAUCUUUUGUGGUCGCGGUUGGUGAAGACAGCUGUGGGGAGGCUAGGGUUGUGGAACCACAUCACUGAUGAUGGGCCAGAACCAGUGGCUAAGGAAGGAGAAGAAGGUGAAGAAGGGAAAGCUCUCAGCAAAGCCGAAGCUAAGAAAUGGGUUCAAGAGGAUCUUAUGGUGCUUUCUGUGCUACAAGGUUCUUUGGAGGUGCCUAUUCUAGAGGCUUACAGCUACUGUGAGACUCCUAAACACCUAUGGGAAACUCUCCAGAAGACAUUUGGUAAUGUCUCAAACUUGACCCGAGUGUUUGAACUCAAGAGAGCUAUCAACACACUCGCGCAAGAAGAUGUGGAACUUACCAAGCAUAUGGGGAAGUUCAAAUCGAUGUGGUCUGAGUUAGAGAGCUUGAGACCAAGUACAACUGAUCAAGCAUUGCUCAUGGAGAGAAGGGAGCAGGAUCAGGUGUUUGGAUUGCUGAUGACACUCAACCCAUGUUACAAAGAUGUCAUCAAGCAUAUACUGAGGUCGCCAAGCUUACCAUCUAUGGAGGAGAUGAUGGCUCAACUCCAGAAAGAAGAAGGGUCGCUUGGACUAUUUGGAGGCAAGGGGGAGCUGAGUAUGGCUCACCAGGCCGAGGAGAUGCAAGCUAAUAAGGCUGGCUAUGGAAGUGAAGAUAGGAGGCCGAGAGAGAGGUUCUCGGGAAGCUCAAGUGGAGCUGGUCCAAGUGCACAAGUGGGUGAAAGUGAAGGAAAAGCACUUGCUUCUCAUCACUCGGGAGGGAAGAGUGUUGAUCAAGAUGUGAUCAAGAAGUCUGACAUUGAGGCUCUCAUCCGAGCACUCAAGGAGUCUGGUAACAAGCUUGGAAACACUCUUGGUUACUCUUACACUGCUUAUAGAAUGUCUAGUGAAACUGAUAGGUUGCUAGACUUGAUCAAAAGCUCUUACCCUGAGCAUAGCAGUGUGCAUUGUUCUGAUAAAUGGUUAGGAUUGAUAGAGAGUUUGAAAGAAACUCCUAGGACUCAUAUUGCUACUAGCAUGCAUAAGCCCUUGAUUAUUGAUUCUGGUGCAUCCCAUCAUAUGAUUAGUGAUAGUAAACUCAUUAGAGAGAUUGUUCCUGCUCAGGGUCAUGUCAUGAUAGCUAAUGGUGAUCGGAUUCCCAUUAGAGGGAUUGGAAAGCUUAAAUUGUUUGAUAAAGAGUCUAAUGCUUUCUUCAUGCCUGAGUUUACUUCAAAUCUCUUAUCU